UCAGGAGGACUUAUGAGAGAGGGGGGUGACUCGUUAAUCAUCUUUGGAGGCCGGGCCUCACAGACAGCGAGAAGAGAAGAAAGGGAGAGAGAAGGUGUUUUGUUUGAGAGUGUGAGGAGGGGCAAGAGGAGUGUUCGUCCAAACGUCAGGCAAGAGCGGACCCCUCUUGAGAGAUCUACUAACACCCCUUCCUCCGGCAUGGCAGACAUCACAUCUGCCCAAUGGCAGGCCAUGCUGGACGCAGCGGACGAGAGCCAGAAACCGUUCUUUCAAAAAUUGUAUGAUGGCGCCGUACAGAGGGAGAGGGAGGGAGAGGCAGCAACCAGGGCUACAAGCAUAGUUGCUCAGGUGGCCCUCGUACAGGUCCCGGAAGCCAAUGCUGACCGGUUCCAGGAGCGGCUAACUGCUGCCGUAACAGCCUUGGUUCAACUGCGAAACUUGGAGGAUCUUGAGUCUCGUGUAACACUGUUGGAGCAGCGGAACCAAGAGCUGCAGGCUGAGAUAAUCAGCCUCAAACAGUCCCAACUGUCUGCCCCCCGCCCUCCUAACUCUCGACCUACUGUAGUCCCGGUCUCUCAAACUAACACAGUCCUCACAAUAAGGGCAAGCGGAACUGUGGCAAGCGCAGGAACCGGCGCUAGCUCCUCGAGCGGCAGCACCGGCAGUUCUGCGCUGGUCACCGUCCCAAAUGUAGGGACAUCAGCCCAAAACGCCACAGUCCUUACUGGCGUUCAGUACAGCGGGCCCAUGGUGGACAAGCGGGCGGCCACGCUGCCGUCCAAGUACGACGGGAAGGCAGACAUCACCUCUUGGAUUAGUUCCAUGCGGUCGUACUUCGAGGUCAUGCGGACACCGCAAGAGGACCGAAGUAUGAUCAUGGGGACUAAUACUGAGCCCGCCGUCACCCCUGUACGCGCCCUUGAGGACCUUCUCCUCGCACGGUACCAAGACAAGCAUGCUGCGCUCAAGGCUAGGCUGAAGCUUGAGGCCCUCAAGGGUCAGACAUGGAGGUCCUCCAUGCAAGCUUUGGAACAACACUUUACUGGUCUGUUCACUACUCCGGAUCUGGGUAUGACCGAUGCGUCUUGUAUGGAUGUAGUCAUGGGAGUGGCCCCCAAAGAAUACCUCUCCCUAUUGGCACUCAAAGACCAUAACACCUGGCGAGAGCUCAUGACGGAUCUAGUCAACCUAGAGGCCAAGGACCUCGCCAGGCGGAAGAAGGCGCCCCCUGCAGGUGGGAAACCACAACGCAAGCGGUUUGGAAGUAGAAACCAACUUGCACUGCAUGAUCAUCUAGAGGCUGAAGAUCAGUCCUAUGCGGAUGAUUUGACUCUAGAUGACAAUCUAGAGCCGGACUUCGAUAUGGGUUGUUCCUCAUCAGCCAUUGAGUCCAACGUAAAUGAAGAUGAAAGGCUUAAUGAUUUCAGAAAGACUGCUUCAAACAAGGGGCCGAACCGUGGUUCAGGACUGUUUCAGACUUCAGGGAAACAACAAAAGGGCGUAGAGGAGUCAUCAACACUCCCUACAACAAGGGAAGCUGGAACAUCAGAUGCAGGCCCCUCCGAUGAGCCUGAAUCUGAUCAACAACCCACUCUUGAAGCCCGAAACGACGCUGACUCCAAGGCUGCUGCAGUUCAUGUGUUGUACACCGAGCCUUGGGAGAAGUCUAAGGAAGUUGACUUCCACGCUCACAUGGAACAUUGGCUGCAGCUCAAGCAGCAACGCCGUGUUCAAGGGAGUGUGGAAUUGACCUUCUUUAAACUACUCAUCAACCGCCGAUACAUCCACGUGCUGAUUGACAGUGGUUCAACCACUAAUUUCUUUUCUCCUAACGGGAUCCGUAAGGCGGGCCUGAGAAUGAAGCAAGUGGAACUGCAGAACCCUUGUCAGACCCAGGUGGGUAACCAAGAGGUUGUCACCUCUACACAUGUUGUCAAAGGUGUGCGCGUCACCUUUGACAAGGACCGCACUGUCACACAUGAGCUCAACUUCUAUGUCAUGGACAAGUGUCCGUUCGACACGGUCAUUGGCUUGGGCUGGUUAAAGGCUCAUUGCCUAAGGACCACGUGGGCGGACAACCAGUUCGUGUGUGAGAAAUGUGAGACUGCGUUCCAAGCCUUGAAGGAGGAGGCUUUGGUGAGUCAUCCUGUGCUUCGCAUUGCGGAUCCCAACCUCACGUUCGUAGUCACUACAGACGCGAGCCAGUUUGGGAUUGGCGCAGUGCUGCAACAAGAUGACGGUGAUGGCCUGCGCCCGCUCGAAUAUUACAGCAAACACAUGCCCAGCCACAAGGUAGCUACUUCCACAUAUAUGCGUGAGCUCUACGCCUUGCGCGAGGCGCUCACACAUUGGAAGCACUACCUCUUGGGUCGUCACUUCAAGGUCUAUUCAGAUCAUCAGACCUUGCAGUGGAUUAAGACGCAAACUGAUCUCUCUCCAACGUUGACCCGCUGGCUGCAUGACAUUGAUGUCUUCAACUUUGAACUAAAACAUAAGAAAGGCUGUUAUAACCGUGUUGUUGAUGCUUUGUCACGCCAUCCCGAGUAUUUGACUUGCCUUGUGGACUCAUACGACCUCCGGAGGAAACUGAAGGAGGAUCUGGUCGAACACACUGCCAAGGAUCCGGACCUUAGUCCCAUCCUAGAGCAGCUCAAGGCUGACCCCAACAGUCAGCCUGAUUUUCACGAAUGCGAAGGUCUUGUAUUUCGCCGGUACGGAAAGUUUGAUCGUUUGUGUGUUCCCAACCAUGCGCCUCUCCGGACUCAUUUCUUGGAUUUGGCACAUGGUCGGAGUGGACACUUCGACUUUGAAAAGACAUAUGGGAGUCUUUUGCAACAGUUUGAUUGCCUGGGAAUGAAGGGAUCUGCUCAGAAAUUUAUCGCUGAGUGUCAAGUCUGUCAAAGAACAAAGGUCCAUAGGCAUAAGCCUUAUGGCCUGCUGAAACCCCUCCCAAUUCCUGAUGGUCCCGGGGAGUCGGUCUCUAUCGAUUUCACAGACAUGGGAAAGGUGAGUGCGGCAGGGAACUCACAAGUUAUGGUCAUUGUGGACCACUUUUCUAAAUUUCUGAACCUGAUCCCUCUACCUCCUCAUGCACCGACUGAACUAGUGAUUGAAGAAUUUCACCAACAGUACAUUCUGCAGUAUGGACCCCCGAAAACUCUUGUGAGUGAUCGGGAUACCAGGUUCAUCAGCGCCGAUUGGAAGGACUUCACCUCACAGAUCUAUGACAUCAAACUCAACAAGACUUCUGGUCGACACCCCGAAGCCAACGGAUUGGCUGAGGAAAUCAACCAGACUGUCAUUCAAUUGCUUUGUGCACUAAUCGUUCCAGAUCAGAAUACCUGGGAUAAGGAGUUACACAAAGUGAAAGGAUUGUACAACAAUUCCAUUCACUCUGCGACGGGCGUAACGCCGAACCAGCUGCAGUACGGUUGGCAGCUGCACAAUCCCCUCUCCUAUUUAUUCCCAGAACGGUCCCCUGGUCUGACACCCGGCAUGCCUGGCUACAAUGCCAAGUAUGCACGCCUGCUCAAGGCUGCGAUCGCAGCAAUGAACAAGCGUCAGCAUGCCAUGAUCAAACACGCUAACAAACUGCGCAAAGAAGCAAAGUUCCAAGUAGGGGAUUAUGUUUGGGUCAAAAUGUCUGGGUUUUCUGAUGAAGAGGGUGUAUCACGGAAGCUUCUUCCAUUGUAUUACGGCCCAUGGCAGAUUCUGAAGGUGAUUGGUGAUGACUUUGGUCCUUCUCAUGUGAUUGAUGUGCCUCAUCACCUGCGCACAUAUCCGGUCUUUCAUGCGUCCAAACUGUUCCCACACAUUGAUGAUGAGACUUUUCCUUUUCGAGACCCUAUGAUACCUCGCACUAUCGACGGCGGCCAUGAGAUAGACCGAAUCGUUUCUCACGAAGGAAGAGGGAGGAACAGACAGUACAAGGUUCACUUCCUCUAUCACCCGCUGAACGAAUUUUUCUGGAUCGACCGGAGAGAACUGCUAAAGAGUGCUCCACGUGUUGUGAACGCAUACGAACGACAGAUUGUUGAUGGGCAGGCCGCUAAGUUCUCUGCAAAACUCACUCCCUACAGUCUCACCAAAUCUCUCUUUCUGAUCUACGCCUAUGAUGCCUUUUGUGCCGACUCUGAAUGAGUUACUCGCUCGAAGGGACCUCGCUCUUGAGAGGGGGGGUAGUGUAAUGACUCGCCAAAACACAGACUGAGAACACUGCCAAUUUCUAGGAUUUGCCACUGGAAUGAAUGCCUUGCUGUGAU